UCGAAGAAUGUGAUAGAAGCUUCAGGUUCACAAUUAUCAUGACUGGUGUUAUCUUCAUAUUACCAUUGUUUUCAGCUCUGAUGUCAAGUAUGUAUGUGUUCAAACUACGUUUCUACGUUUCUGACAUUCGCAUACAAUUCUCAAAGAUGAAGUACUGUGCACCACUAUGAAACAUAUAAAGGUGACAAAAGCCAUAUUGCAAAACAACCAGGGCAGUCUGUGUCCAAAGCUGUUCAUGUCUAGUGAUGAGCUGCUCCCUAGUAGAUUUAUUUAUUUUGUUUCUUAAUUCAGUGGAAUCCUCGCCAGACUUUACACCCCCACCCAUGACCUCGACAACUGAUGACGAAAGGAAUGUGGCGAUCCGCUGGCCAGACUCGCCUGCACAUAACAUGAACGCGGCUGAACCACGUCACAGUGCUGAAAACUUCAGGCUUCCCUGUUCUGUGACCCUGAGGAGGCGACGAGCAACAAAGAGCAUGUCUCCUGUUGCCUUCUCCGAAUUCUCACCGAUAAAUGCGACAGAGCGCGUGGAACUAAAUCCCGCCCAAGCCACAGAAGAUGAAGCAGAAGAGUCCGAUGCCGACGAAGGCCCAUGGAACACUGCAUCGUGCAGUGGCAGAGCAUCGACUGUUCCAAAGUUUAUGAGCCCGGACAUGACAGCUUAUCCGCGUCUCAUACGGGAGGAUAUCGCCAAGUGCUACGAUGCGCACAGGGAAUGGCCAUCCUCGCUGAUGGACUCUCCCGCAAGCACAGUGUCAGCGGCGUCAGAUGAACACAAUGUUGCCUCUUCACCAACUGCCGCAAUUCCUGUGGCAUCUAAAUUGACACCGGACGAGGACUUGGCAAGAUUGUCUGCGUACAAUCCCAGUCCGAUUUUCAGGCCAAUGCUGGAUAUACCUCACCGCCUGAGCACCGUCAUGGAGUGCACAGAAACCAGCAUCAAGGGGAGCCCAACAACCGCACAUGAUGAAGACGAAGCAGGCAUCCUGCAUGAGCUGGAAAAGCUGAUGGCUCUACUCAACGAGAAGCAGGCAGCUGGGGCUGGAAUAACAGCCGCUUCUCCGCAAGCAACAGCAGAAGAAGCUGCCCGGCCCAUCUCACCCAUCCCCAGGCGCGUGGAACUAAAUCCCGCCCAAGCCACAGAAGAUGAAGCAGAAGAGUCCGAUGCCGACGAAGGCCCAUGGAACACUGCAUCGUGCAGUGGCAGAGCAUCGACUGUUCCAAAGUUUAUGAGCCCGGACAUGACAGCUUAUCCGCGUCUCAUACGGGAGGAUAUCGCCAAGUGCUACGAUGCGCACAGGGAAUGGCCAUCCUCGCUGAUGGACUCUCCCGCAAGCACAGUGUCAGCGGCGUCAGAUGAACACAAUGUUGCCUCUUCACCAACUGCCGCAAUUCCUGUGGCAUCUAAAUUGACACCGGACGAGGACUUGGGAAGAUUGUCUGCGUACAAUCCCAGUCCGAUUUUCAGGCCAAUGCUGGAUAUACCUCACCGCCUGAGCACCGUCAUCGAGUGCACAGAAACCAGCAUCAAGGGGAGCCCAACAACCACACAUGUAAUACCAUAA